AUGUAUGUACCUUCAGAUGAUGAUUUACGAAAUGCCAUCGAACGCCUGGCUGUUUUCGUCGCAAAAAACGGCCCAGACUUCGAAAAAAUGACCAUGGACAAGCAGGAGGGGAACCCAAAGUUUGCUUUCCUGUAUGGUGGUCCGUUCAAUGAGUACUACCGCUUCUGUGUGGAACGUGAAGUUCAAAAGAUUCACGGACCACCGCCACCACAUCAUGGUAACGGCAUGGGACCACCACAGCCUGAGUCAGAAUUUAUGAGAAGAAUGAACUCCCAAAAAGAGCAGCUUAGGCAACAAAUCAUCGAUAGUGAACGGAAUUUGAAAGCUCAUCUUGAUUCUAUACCUGCAAUGAAGGAGGCACAAGUUGCCCAAGCCGUAGUCAUGUCGGAAUCGCAAAAAAUGUCUCAAAUAUUGGCCAACGUGAAUUUUGAUGUGGCACCUCUAGGUGCAAUGCUGGAUCAACUCAAUGGUGGGAAGUGCUCCAAAGAUCUCGUAUCGACAAGUCGGAAGUGGAUUUUUGAGCAUUGUCAGACCGAUCAGCUCAGAGAAGUUGUUCUUACAUAUCUUCUGAGCAGGGUGAAAGAUUCGCAAGCUAAUGAUAACUUCCGACUAAAUGUUCUCUACAUCAUCAAUGACUGGGCGUACCAAUGGUAA